CCAGGUGAUUCAGCUGAUUGUUCCCUCUUCCUGGUUACCGAUCUUACUUUUCGUCACAUUGAAAUUGUCAUGAAUAUUUUAUGGGAUUGAAACGCACAAACCCGUGACGAUCUUAUUCAAGCAUUGAUUGUUUUUACAGCACGCAUGCGUAUUUGUGCGUCUAGAAUGUCAUUGAUUUUUCUAAGCUGCAAGUCUGUCAGUCUGUAAUGUGAUCUCGCUUGCGCGAAGCUGUCGGGAUGAAGCCUUCAUCUAAGCAUGGAUACCAGGUUGUCAGCUUGCUUCAUAACGAUGUCCAUUUUAACAAAAAUACGUCUUUGGGACAUCGACAUCGCCUUCUUGGGAUUAUGAAGGUGUUGUCUGUCAUCUACAUCCUCCUGGGGCUGAUCACUACAGCACUGGGAGGAACACUUGUUGCCCUGGCUUUGGACAGACCACGAUUUACAUUUUCUACGGGGCUGCCUCUUAUGACUGGAGUAAUGAAGUUAUUCGGGUCCAUCAUUCUGUGCUUUAUCUCCGUGAGAGCUUCAAAGUUCAGAAAAUACACCUCACCACAGCUAUGCAAGUGGCAGUGUGCUAUGCUGUAUUUCUGCUACGCCGGCGUCCUCGUUCUUGGAACCUUGAACGUGGUAUUGACCUUCAGUGAAACGGACAUACAGCUGUCUUUAAUCCAGGAUCAUAGCCGUGUACCUAUGUUCCCAAUGGGUAUAGCCUCAGCAGCUCUCAUUGCAGUAGACCUUCUCGGAGGCAUUGUCUGCAUGGUGAUAUUCUGUUUAUACAAACAUCAAGGUGAACCUGGGUUUCAUGCUAAGUAUAAUCCCUCGAUUCAGCACAACGAACACAUCGAAAAGGAAGUGAAUUACCGGUUGAUGAUGCUAAGGAAAAUGUUACCAAAGUAUUCAGCGGGGCACUUAGCGCCACAUGGUGGCGUGACGUCAUCUGCGGUGCACAAACAGAAUACACAAACACACGUGGACCAAAAAGGAUACUAUGUGUGGGAUGUCCUUCCAACCCUGGAUUGAUAAAACAGUAACUGGUGGCCAUGGUCACUUGCUUUUGUAACACACCCUCUGCCUUUUGUUAACAAAUUGAAUCUUUAAAGUAUGAUUAAUUCUUGUUUAAAAAAUAGUUGGUGGUCUGUUAUAUUGAAACUAUUACUCUUGAAGGUGAAACAUGAGAUCACCAUGUGGGCAUGAAAGGGACCUUUCAUCGAGUUCAUCACCAUCAUGAGGACAUGAAAGGGGCCUUUAAUCGAGCUCAUCACCAUCAUGGGGACACGAAAGGGGCCUUUCAUCGAGUUCAUCACCAUCAUGAGGACAUGAAAGGGACCUUUCAUUGAGUUCAUCGCCAUCAUGAGGACAUGAAAGGGACCUUUCAUCGAGUUCAUCACCAUCAUGAGGUCAUGAAAGGGACCUUUCAUCGAGCUCAUCGCCAUCAUGAGGACAUGAAAGGGACCUUUCAUUGAGUUCAUCACCAUCAUGGGGACAAGAAAGGGACCUUUCAUCGAGUUCAUCACCAUCAUGAGGACAUGAAAGGGACCUUUUAUCGAACUCAUCACCAUCAUGGGGACAUGAAAGGGACCUUUAAUCGAGUUCAUCACCAUCAUGAGGACAAGAAAGGGACCUUUCAACGAGUUCAUCACCAUCAGCAAGUUUCGAUUGUAUGAUCAUUGUGUUUGUUCUUUGUUUUCCACCAGCUGUUUCACUAUGAAUAAUUGAGCCAGGAUCAUUAUUAUUAUUAACAACGUCCCACGCCCUUUUAUCAUCGAAAAAGGCACAGAUUUUUUCAAAUAGUCUUUUCGUGAAUAUGCUCUGCCCUUCCGGACACGUUGGGAACGUAGACAAGAAGAAUAACAGAAUCAUCUCAGACAAACGAAAUGUUCUUGGUGUUGAUUAAUUAAUUUAUAUAUAUAUAUAUGAAUAUAGUAUAAAAUGUUGAUAAAUG